AUGCUAAAGCGAGCCGCCGACGCCCGCUCGCCCGUUUCGUCCUGGUUCGACCCAGACGCUCGCCCAAGCCCAUCGCCGCCCGCUCUUAUCCGGCCAGCUGCUCCCACCGACCAGCUCGGCAGUGCAACAGGAGCUGCUCAGCUGUCGUGGCCUUCGCUCGACUCGAAUACACCCGCAAGAGCACCCCCAACCAGCCGUGACAACCGCAUACAACAGCCUGGCAACAAGCCCAUCAACCCGGUCUUGGAGCCCCAGUCCCAACUCCCCCCUUGA